CUGAUCAAGUAAUCUCACUGAAACUUUAAUGGAAUGUUCUAAUUUUUAAAAAGUGGGUUGAUAGUGACUCCUUAUCAGAUCUUCCCUGUGGCUCCCCUGUCUCACUAGCUGAGUGGAGGGUUCCAUGGCAGUUGAACCACCAGAGUUGCAGAGAAGCACGGCGGGGGCCUCUUACCUGUUCUCUUGGACCUCUCCUGCCCCAAAUCUCCUCGACUGUUUAUAGCUGAAAGCAAGGUCACUGAGCCCAAUGAAGCCCCAGAGGAUCUUAAGCUGUUUCCUUGCCGUCAUUGAUUUUGGACUGCUCCUGCUUGUCCACGGAUCGAAUGGUUGGACUAUGUCUCAUCCUGAUGUUAAUAUCUCUGCCUCGGGCCUUUGGAGCAUUUGCUUAGAAGACGGCAGAUGUCAGACCAUGAAAAUGGGUCAAGUCAACAUGCAUGUGAUCCGAAGCUUUAUGUUAAUAGCCAGCAUUUCAUCCUUCAUAACUAUAAUAUGGUCGGUGGAAUGGGACCACAUCAUUCACUGCAACUUCAGCUUUGUUCCAAAAGCCCUGUGCACUUCCAUCUUCAACUUCAUUACAGGAAGCUGCGUGUUGGUUGCUUUGAUUGUAUUUGACAUCACAGUUAAUCGAAAGUCAUCUGUGGAGCCUAUCAAGAAGUGGGGUUAUUAUCUCAGCUUUGUCAUCUGUAUCCUGUGCUACUUGACAGGUGUUUUAGACCUCAUGGCCUACAAGAAUAGGCUGUGGGGAACGGGGACAUCAGCCAUCAAUGUGGUUCCAGAAGAGCCCUUCUUAUCAGAAAAGGAAAGCCGCCUCAAAGCAGAAAAGAGUGCAGUACUGACGCCUCAGCUCCUCUGAAUAAAGCUCAUGGUGUACGUCUUGAAAACUUGCAAUGAGAUUUGUAUUUUUAUAUUCCCACUUAAUAGUUGCAUUGUGUUAGUGUUUUCUCAUUUUAUAUGGUUUUUAAUCUUUUGUAAACCACCAUGAGAUUGUUUUAAUGAAAGGCGAUAUAAAAAUCAAUCAUUCAAUCUGUCCAUCAAUCAAUCAACCAAUCAAUAAAGCAGAUUCUCUCGA